AUGGGACUAGUAGAGCGCCGCCGCCGACGUUCCCAAAGCCAAACCAACGGCCUCGCGUGGGGCCCUCCGUCAUCAAGCAAAGCGCAGCACAGCAAAGGAUUCUCCCCCAAAGUUUCAAACUGCAGUCCUCCGCCCACCACCACCAGCCAGCGCCUCGCCGCGCGGCCGCCGCUAGCUCGCUCCGGCACUCGCCGCCCUCCGGCCCGACCCCGCCGUCGCAUUGGCCUCCACGGCCGCCUCCUCGCUCAGGUGCGUCCUCGUCGAUUCCCGGGGAAAACCCUAGCCGCCUCCGCCCGUCGCCGUCGCCGUAGCACGGCCGCCGAGCGCCGCGAUUGCUGGAUGGCGGGGGAGCUCCGCGGCGCUCUCUGCCGCAUCCCGGCGAGGGCUCCCGCAUCCGGGGUCGGGAGCGACGAGAACGCGCGGCCUGCCGGAGCUUCGACUCCCGCCCCAGCGGAGCCCGUCGCGGCCUCCCGGCCCCCCCUCCGCGCUAUCCAGUCACCGGGGCAGCCCCGGCGGCCGGUGCCGACGCCCAAGAAGGGUCUGAGGGUCAGGGCAGCGGGCAAGACACCGGCGCGGGUCGGCGCGGCGACCACUCCCCUUCGCCCGACCAAGAUCCUGGGGGAGCCGAAGCCGGUGCCGAGGUUGGGGUUCACGACGACGGGGGCCAGUUCUGCACAGGUCCAACGUUCCAAGCUCCGAGACUCCAUCUUGCUCCGGGAGGAGAAUCGCAGUGUGCAGAAUGUUUCGUCAGCAUUGCAGCAAGAUGACUCUCAUGCACCUGCAAAGGAACAAGACAACUCAGAAGAUGCAUUGAGCCUGCAGCUGGAGUUGGCCAUAACCAAAACAAUUCUUCUGGAGGAGGUAAAAGCCCGAGCGGAAGCUGACGUCAGGGAAACUGCUGUAGGAUAUGAGCUGAAAGCAGCAAAUUUACGUACCCUUGAAGCUUGCAGGCAGAAGGAAACCACAGAAAAAGAACUGAAAUACACAACAUCUGUUUUAGAGGCCCUUGAAUCGGAGCACGUUGUUUUGAUUAAGGAAGUAGAAGAGCUGAAGAAUAACAAUUUGGAGCGGAUUAGUUUGAUAAAGGAACUAGAGGAGCUGAAGAAGAACAAUUUCCAAAGCCCGGUAUUUCGUAAGAAGAGGGAUGUGGAAACUCUGAUGUUAAACACUGAGCUUGAGCAAGAAAUGGAUGAAAUCCACAGGCAGGCUAUGUGUGAAACGUCUGAGGUGAUUAUAUCCUUACAAAAACAGCUGUUGUCACUGCAACAACAACUAGAUGACUGCAACAAAAAAGAGUCAUUGGUUGCCAAACAAAGCCUUGAUGAAGCUAAGAGAAUAGAGAUUUUGUUGGAUCAAUCCAUCGAAAUUCUUGUGCAGAAGGAGGUUCUUGAACAAUACUUUGUUUCAUUCGUGAGGGGGAUGGAAGAAGAGACUCGUCAGCUCGAGUCCAAACUAGACCAGUCAAAUAGAUUCUAUGAAGGUAGAAUUAAAGAACUGGAGAUUAAGAUGCAAGAAAUGGAUUAUCAGGCUGGAGUGUUACUUAUUUCAUGGAAUAAAGAAAAAGAGAUAUCAGAGGAAAGGAAGACAUAUGCCGAAGAGAAAAAUAAAGUAAUCAAGCUAUUGGAGAUGUCUAAUGAGGAUGGCCAGAUUACUGUGUGUUCAUUAGAAGAAAAGGUGAAAUUACUCGAGGAAGAAGCAGAACAACUCAAAAGGCAACAGGAAAAACUAGAAAUGGAGCUGCAGAAUGCCAGGCAAGAAUUGCUAGUUGUGCCAUCCUCUAGGGAAGCAAAGAGCUCCCUGGAAGACAGAAUGGUUGAUUCACCUGACCCAACCAGGUACCCGAGUAAUAUAAACAAUGGGGUACUGCGUUCUCAGGAGAGUAGAAUAGGUCGAAAGGAGCCUUUUGAAGCAGAGGUAAUGAUGGCAUUCUUUGAAGAGCAAAUGCAAGGAAGCUAUGCAAGCUCAUUUGAAGAUAUAUUCAAAGAAGCUGCAGACGAUUCUCUUGUUGCUUCACAUUUUCUUCCACACAUUACAAGCCAAAUAAAGCCAAAUCCAAAUGCAGUUGAGGAGGCAGUUGACCUAGACACUAUAGCUGUUGAGUCAACUCCUCUAGUGGAACACCAAGAGGAACCUGGUGAGCCUUCUUCUGAUGAGUGCAUGCAUGAGGCCAGCCCAUCAGAUUUAGAGAUGGCAAAGGCAAUUUCAUUAGAAAAGGAUUGCUGGUCAGAGAACUCGGAGUUUGAGCACCCCAGUGCAAGCGUGGAGCUGGAGCAGUCUAUUGCAAGUAAGCAACCUGAUUUAUUUGGCGGUAGUGCAGGUAGUGAUCAGUCCAUGUCUGUAUGUGAUUCAGAGGAGCAAGUGACGCCUCCAGCUGUGGAGUCAGUGGUAGAAGUUCUGAAGGAGAAUGAGUUGCCUCCAGUUUCUCUAGUGCGUCCCAAUGAUCCGGUGAAAUACACUUUAGCCACUUGUGAUGAGCUGAAGAGGCUCAGAAGCAGGAACCACUAUGAGGGUGAUAGGACAGCAACAGACAGGAGAUUCUGGUCCAUUGAGCAGCAGGACUUGUACAACUCCAUAUACCGUAGGGCCGAGUUGUUUACUAUGCAGUGGAUAGACUGGGAGUACAUCGAUAGCAUAGAUGAGUUUUCUUGUGUCAGACAGAGAUGUGCCCAUGUGGGGCUUGAGCAGAUCAUGAGGUACCAUUGUGAUUGGGACAACGAAUUGAUUAGGCAGUUUUACUCCACAGUUCAUAUCAGCGACGACAAUAGCUCUAUUACUUGGAUGGCAGAUGGCAGGAGGAUAACUACAAAGAAGAGGGCAUGGGAGGAGAUGUUUGGCAUUCCUGGCAGUGUUCACACUGCAAUAAUUCACUCAGAGUUUUUGCUUGAUGAUGAUGACAAGAGGAUCAUGUACACAGCUGCAGAAUGCACAGUAGGCCAAGCCAGGGGCCUCUCUCCAUUGGCUAGCAUAGCCAAUAAGAUUAUUCGGAAAACCAUCUAUCCCAGGUCUUAUAGAAGUAAAGUCCAGGGAUACAACUGGAACCUCCUACGUCAUAUUGUGGAGCAGCAUCCAUUUGACAUCAUUGCUUUGAUCUUCGACGAGAUUAAGUUGCUUAUUUCAGAUCACAGUCGCACUUGCCUCUUGUAUGCACCAUACAUCAUGGGGAUGAUCAUGCGAGCUUUUGAAUAUGAUGGACCUAGAGAAACCAGGCACGAUUCCUACAAGCCCAGGCCCGACAAGUCAAAGCAGACAAAAAAAGUUAGUCGUCCACUGGCACCUGCAGUAGUUGCACCUUCUGAGCCACCACCUUCAGCAUGUCAGCCGGAGGUAGAGGCCAAUGUUGAGGCAGAUGACCACAGCCAGUUCGAGGAAGCCGGACACCGGCCCCAGGGAGAGGCAGUGCAGCAUACCAAUGCCUCCUUGUCUUCUCAGAUCCUAGCUCCACGCUCCUCCCUGACACCUUCCCUUGAGGCUACCACUCCCUCACCGCCUCCGGCUCCAGCUGCAUUUCCUGAGCAGGCCAGCAUGAUGCAUGCCGGCCUCCGGUGCUUCAGCUCAGCCAGCUGUUUUGGGGCCAAGUCCUUUUAGUCACUUUAGUUGGUAUCAAAGAGAUAAGUGAUGGGUUUAUGUGCUGUCCUUGAUGUCUACCUUGCACUCGUAUUCUGGUUAUUUUGUCUAUAUAUAUCUUGGACUUGUUCACCAUGUAUAUUCUUCUAUCAAGAAAGACCUUGAGAAGAGCGUAUCGAGACUUGAGAAAUCAGUACUAUGUUAGGCAUAUGUGUGCCCACUCUGUCUUGUGUGCACUUAGUCAGGGUCCUUGGUCUUCUAAAUUAUACUACAUGUGUAUGAUUUUGCAGCUUUUGAUCUUCUUUCAUUGUGGGUUAGGAAUUUGGUUAAUGUGUUCAGAGUCAGGGAGGAAGAAGCUCCUAUUCAGCAGCAUCAAGUUGAGUUAUUGGCUAUUCAUCUUGGCUCAGGCUUCACUUUUGUAAUUGUGCUCCUGUCCUGUAAAAUAAUCUUCAUGUGUCCAUACUCGAGAAAAAUGUGUCCAGGAACUUAUGAUUCUGAAUAUCGUAGUCUGAUUCAGGAAGACCCUUUUUUCGAAGAAGAAUGGCCCAGGAUCAGAUGGUUAGCCGCUUGGCCAGUGAGGGGUGCUAGCUGUGGGAUGGGCCACAUGGUGGUGAGCAUCAGCUGCUUGCGAAAAUGCUUGCGCAGGACAAGAACCGGCUGGCAUGGCAUGUGUUGGUUCAACUUGGGACUUGGCUUCUGGGCUUUAAAAUUCUUCGCUGGGCGUCGUCAGGUGGUAUUUGGUGCCUGAUUUGAUCUGGUCUUGAGUUUGUGCUGGACAUGCAGUUAGGGUAGUUAGUAAUAGAUACCUCCUACUCUGGUCUUGAGUUUCUAACCGGUUGCUGGAAUCAGUGGAAUAUGGCUAAAUUUCAUCAUGAUAUUUGUUUGUGGUCCUCUCUAGCACAUUGAAGUACAGUUUCAGGAAGCUGUUAUUGUGUGUGUGUGUGUGUGUGUGUGUUUGCAUAGAUGGGCAUGUCAAGUGUACAUUUGGGGGUGCAUGUAAGUGCCUCAUUUUAGACCUAAGUUUCAGUACUUUUUGUAUCAAACUGGUGGUGCUCAGAGCGUCAUAUACUCAUUCAGAUGCAGUAUGCAUGAGUGAUUA